AUGACAACAACAUCCACCUUCCCUAUUGAAAUCUGGUACAAAAUCUUAAAUAUUCAAUAUGAAGAAUUAAUGUCUAAUGACCAACCACCGAGCCCAGAGAAAUUUGAUUCCAAUUUAGAAAUCUUUUUGAAAAGCAAUCUUUUAGUAAAUAAAUAUUUUUAUCAAGCAUGUUUAAGAUUAUCCAGCAGAUAUUGUAAUUUUGCUACAGCUAAAAGAUUUAACAAUUUCUUACAAAAAAUAAUAAAAUUGAAAUCAGAAGACUCAUUAGCAAACAGUGGCAACAUUACCAAAAUUAUGUACUCCGAUAUGAUUGAAAUUGUGGAUUUCUCUGAGUUAACUAGCAUAGGCUUGGGUAGAUCACAGUACAUGAAUAAAGAAAUUAAAAACUUGACUAGUAAAACCUUAUGGAAAUUUUUGGAGAAUUGUCCUAACAUCAAGGGGUUUUUAGCUAAUGAGCACAUUCAAAUGGAUUUGGAUCAUAAAAUAAUCUCUUAUUUACUCAAUAAAAUGGAGGCACUGGAUUUUUGUGGAUGUACAGGUGAUACAUUUAGUGAUAACUUUGUUAAAAGUGUUCAACACAGUGGGAUUGAUGGAAAUUAUUCAAAGCUAACUAAGCUCGGAUUAAAUAAUUGUACUGAUUUGCCCAAAAAAGAUAUAUACCAAGUUUUACUAAAAUCUAUGAAAGGUUUACGGAAAUUGGAUUUAUCAAGAACUUGCAUUGACGAUCGGAUUUUAAAAAUAUUCCCUAUCAUGCAUAAUCUAACUCAUUUUUCCAUUGGUAUGUGUUCUAAUUUGACCCCAUAUGGCAUUCUAGAUUUCAUAACUUAUCAUCCUACUAUGACGGCUUCAAAGUUUGGAAACAAUAUUGAUAAUAAACUCCAAUGGUUGAAUCUACAAGUUGGUAAUCAAUACUCUACAUGGACCUCUAUUCAUGUAACCAUAUUAUUAAAAAAACUAAUAAUUAACGGACACAAUAAAACUUUAAAAUAUUUAAAUCUAAAUGGAUUACCAGUAACAGAAAAACAUUUGAACAUUUUAUCUGAAAAUUUUCCCAAUUUAGUUAGUUUACAUAUAAGUGAUUGUGAAGCGCCCACCUCUUUAUUACGAGAGUUUAUAUCAAAAAUGAAAUAUUUAAAGUUUAUUAACUUGAAUAAUAGCAAGUUCAUUAAAGAAUGGUAUUUUUUCACUAAUGCUAAAUACGAGCUACUAAACUGUAGUGAAAGUCUAGUGAGUAUUGAAUUAUCAUUUAAAACAUGGUCUAAACUACAAUCAUUCAGCGAUAAUCACUCCAUAAUGGUACCACACACUAAUGGUGACACUAGUAAUAUGAUUCAAUGGACAUGUUAUUUGGAUUCUUCAUUUGGAAGAAGGUUUUGGAUAUAUAGAGUGGAUGACUUUUUUAAUAGAAAUGAUUUGGAUACAGCAGGUAGGUUUGAUACCUAUGACUUGCAUGGCAAUAAAAACAUAGAAAUAACUAGACAACCGGAUUUUCUAAAAUUUGCACAAUACAAAGUAGUUAUUGGAACAUCAAUAAUAAAGCAUCCAACCAGUAGUAGCCGCAUCGAUGACUAUGGCAUGUACGAUGAAAAUUAUGUUUUUGAUUGGGUGGAAAGAGGUAUGUACAGAUAUUAUAGCUUAAGACUAUGA